AUGAAGUUGAGUGGCAAAGGGCUGUGCGUCGUCCUGUCCAGCAGCCUCCUCUUCGCAUGCGCGCUCAGCGAACUCGUGCUCGGGUUAAGAUGCGUCUCGCUGGGCUCCAGCGUCAAAGAACACUUCCACUUGGGCGCCGCGGCCGGAGCUUUCUAUUCCGGAUUGCUCCUCGGGACCGGACAGGUCGUCCUGGGCGUCGCGCUUCUCUGUUGCACGGGGAAGCCGCGAAGCAGGAAUUUGGUUCUCUUGGGGGUUGUGGUCUUCUUGCUGGGGGUGCUCACCGCCUUCUCCGGGGCCGUUGUGGACGGGGACACAGCUUCUCUGGUGGACAGGAAAUACACGCACUAUUGCGUCCACUCGGGACAGGUGACCCGCGCCUGCGAGGAGCUGAGGGAGUACCAGAGGAGUUUAGUCAUCUCCACGGUGCUCAGCACGCUCGAGUGCCUCUUAGGGCUCAUUAACCUGGUGCUCAUCCAAAGGUACAAAGCGGCCCAGUUCUCCAGGAGCAGACAGGUUCAGAGGCACAGCUCCGGGCCCAUCAUCUUCAGCGAGGAGCGGGACUGUUCCUCGGCGGACUUCCAGCCAGUCUCUUAUAUCAAUUUGGCCGUGUUGAACGUGUUCGACGAGACCGGCGCAGAAGCCCAGCGCGGCGGGCACCCCUCCAUCGAGCUGCCGGGGUACUCACCCGCAGACCCGGAACUCAACCACUGCUUCCCCUUCUCCUACCCGCUCCCCAGUGAACUGCCGCCGGCUUAUGAGGACAUUUUCCCCGCUGAGGCAUGCGACACAUAA